UAAUUCUGAUCCACUCCAGUCCGGUAGGUGGCGGUAAUGCUGCAAAAUGGGUGCGAUCCACCGAUAAAAACUGCCACCACUGCCAAGCAACCAACUUCGGAAGAAAUCACUGUAGCUUCAAACUGGACGCUUAUGCGUUGCCUACUACAUUAAAAGAGACCGUGUUCGACACUAUGGAACGCAGGUGCAAGCGGUUCCACAUGCACACAAAUACCCAUAUUGAAAGCAACUGACUGCCAUAGAUGGUCAAAAAGAUAAUACUAAUGAAAUCCUACGAGCCACUCAGAAACACUGUCAAAACCAUGAAACACAACCGCAAACGAUGUCCACGGUAACAGCGUCACGACGUCGACCAGUUAUGAAUAUGAGGGGAAAGAGGAGGGUUAGCUAGUAAUAUUGGGUGUUAGCUUUGGGAGAAACAUGGGAUUAAAUGGCACAUGGUUGAACUCAAAAUCCAGACCAAGUAUCGUUCGAGUUUUGUCCCCGAGUAUGAAAGGCGAGGGUAUAGGAGGAGUUUCAGAGAAAGUGAAACGAACUUGACAAGUUAGCGGAGGAAGUGAAAGGUCUGAGGUCGGCUUCUCCUCCUGGCCAGAAAAGAAAAAAGGAUGGCCGCCGCGGAGCUCCAGUGGAUCCCAGAGACACUGUAUAACACUGCAGUUUCAUCAGUGGUGGACAAUUACAGCCAGUCGCGAAUCCGUUCCCUUCCCGAAAAUAUACAGUUUGAUGUGUACUAUAAGCUCUGCCAGCAGGGCCGCCUCUGCCAGCUGGGCGAGGAGUUCUGCGAGCUGGACGUCUUCGUCAAGGUUCUCCGAGCUUCAGACAAGAGGCACCUCCUGCACCACUGUUUCCAGGCGCUGAUGGAUCACGGGGUGAAGGUGGCCUCUGUGCUGGCCAGCUCCUUCAGCCUGCGCUGCGCCUGCAUCGACGCGUCCGACGUGCGGGCCCAGGAGAGAGCCGUCCAGCUUGGCUUCCUUUUGGGCGGGUUCCUGUCGGACGCGGGCUGGCACGGCGACGCGGAGCGGGUGUUCCUGGCCUGUCUGCAGCUCUGCUCCCUGCACGAGGAGGUCCCCCACUGGCGCCGCGCUGUGGAGUGCUGCGUCAGGCUGCUCCACGUGCGCAACGGGAACUGCAAGUACCACCUGGGGGAGGACACCUUCAAAGUAGCCGAGGCCUAUAUGGCCAAGCUGGCCGAACGCGGCUGCCGGGUCAACAGGGCCGCUCUGUACGGCGAGCUGUGCGCGCUGCUAUUCGCCAAGAGCCACUAUGACGAGGCAUACAGGUGGUGCAUAGAGGCCAUGAAGGAGGUGACUGCGGGCUCUCUGCCUGUCAGAGUGCAGGUGGACGUCCUGAGGCAGGCCUCAAAGGCGUGCGUGGCGAAGCGAGAGUUCGGCAAAGCGGAGCAGCUGAUCAAACACGCGGUGUUCCUGGCACGGGAACAUUUUGGCCAGAAACACCCCAAAUAUUCGGACGCGUUGCUGGACUACGGCUUCUACUUGCUCAACGUGGAUAACAUCUGUCAGUCUGUCGCGGUUUACCAGACGGCCCUGGACAUUCGGCAGUCUGUUUUCGGGGGGAAGAACUUUAACGUGGCGUUGGCCCACGAAGACCUGGCCUACUCCUCCUACGUGCACCAGUACAGUUCCGGCAAAUUCGACAACGCCCUAUUCCAUGUGGAGCAUGCCAUAGACAUCAUCACUCACAUCCUGCCUGAGGACCAUUUGCUGCUGGCUUCAUCCAAACGGGUCAAAGCCCUUAUCCUGGAGGAGAUUGCCAUCGACUGCUACAACAAGGAGAUGGAGGGGAGACUCCUGCAGGAGGCGCACGACCUCCACCUCUCCUCCCUCCGGCUGGCCAAAAAAGCCUUCGGGGAGUUCAACGUCCAGACCGCCAAGCACUACGGCAACCUGGGCCGGCUCUACCAGUCCAUGCGCAGGUUCAAGGAGGCAGAGGAGAUGCACGUCAAGACGAUCCAGAUCAAGGAGCAGCUCCUGGGCCAGGAGGACUACGAGGUGGCCCUCUCCGUGGGGCACCUGGCCUCGCUCUACAACUACGACAUGAACCAGCACGAGGCCGCCGAGAAGCUGUACCUGCGCUCCAUUGCCAUCGGUAAGAAGCUGUUUGGAGAAGGCUACAGCGGGCUGGAGUACGAUUACCGGGGCCUCAUCAGGCUGUACGGCUCCCUGGGGGACUUUGAGAAGGAGCUGGAGUACCACGACGCGCUGUCCGGCUGGAGCCGGCUGAGGGAGCGGCGGCCUGCGGCGGCCGACGCCCUGGAGGACGCCGGCGCCGGCCCGCGGUCCACCGAGGAGGUGGUGCAGCUGUUCCUGCGGUCGCAGCAGAGCCACGCAGCGCCGCGCUCCUGCUGCGGCUGACCGCCCGGACGCGCGCAGUCGAGUAUGCGCAAGCAGGCAUGCUACACACACACAGGCAGGACGGACGGACGGGCAGAGACAGACAGACGGACCAACGGAACAGAUGGACCGACCGAACAGACAGACAGACACACACACACAGUUAUCUAAUUGUAUGCCUACAUAGUGACUGAGUACAGAGACUCACGGGCACACACACACAGGGUUGGACAGUUGCUCGAUUACACCCUGCAAUUUUUUGGGACUUCUUUAUCGUGGCCGGAGUAUGGAAGCAGAAUUUACCCUUUGUAACUCAUGUACAAUGUUUGUUUAGAAGUUUUUAAAAGAUUUUAUUAACUAUU